AUGCACCUGUAUACACAUUAUUGCAAAUUUUUGUUGAUAGAGUCAUACAUUCCUGGCCCUGAUGCACCAACUAACUUUUCCAUCAAAGUAGAAAACAGCAUCACUGGAGAGGACGGUUUGUGCAUCAGAGUGUUCUGUGUUUGCACUGUCCCUAAAAGUGUCUCAGAUCCCAUUAGGAGAACCUGGUUCAAAGGAGCUCCACAAAACCCAUCUGUUGAAGUUCCUCAUUUUUCCAGAAAUAUUGGAUUUCCUCACAAUGAGAAAGAGUGCAGCUUUUUGCUAAACCAAUUGGUUCGGGGCAAAUCUGAUGGUGAAUACAGAUUAAAACUGGAGUGGGGAGAAGGAAACGUGUAUAUCUUUCCUCAGACAGUAAAUAUUAUUGUUAAAGAGCUUACCCAGAAACCACCAAUAAAGGUCCCACUGCUCACAGCGGGAGAGAAGGCCGAGAUAUCCUGCAAAGUUCCAGGGGACUGCAGAGAACCCUUAGCAGAUAUUGUGUGGACAGGGAUUAGGCCUAAUAAAACUAGACUUGGAGCUCGUGGAGUGCCUGGCCGGGAUCAGCACUUUUCUAUAAUGACUUUUUAUCCUAAGCCUGAACAUCACAAUACUGAGCUCACCUGCACAGUGACACUUCAAGGACGUAUUCGGACUGAAAGUACUGUCAUCCUCAAAGCAAGACAUUCCCCAAUAAUCCUGAACAGCUCCCGUUGUUUCGUGUGGGGUGAUGAACUGAGCUGCAUGUGUGUCAGCAGUGGUGUGCCGUUACCGCAGAUAUCCUGGCCAAUAUUGAACGGUACCACGAAAUACUUCAGUGCUGUUUCAACAGAGAACAUCAUCAGCAUUUGCAACAUCUCCAUUCCUGGUUUUAGUAAAGUCAACGCUACCGUUGAAUGUGUCAGUGAGAAUCUCAUUGGUACGACAAAGAUGGAAAUCCAAGUGCACAAUCAUGGUGAAAAACCCCAAGUGAACGGACCCUUGUUCGUCAAGCGAACUCACGUAUAUGACAGUUGA